UUGAGUGAGAGAGAGAAAGAGAGCGCCGACUACGACGACCACCACCGGUGAGUGCGUAGCCAGUGUCAGGCUCCUCGGAUCGUCCACAGGACCGACCUUAUUCUGUCUGAGCCUCAACAGGAAACCAUUAACUGAUUUCUAUUAAAAAAAACUAAACAAAACAAAACUAAUUAAUUUAAACAGCAGCAACAAAAACAAUAGAGAAAGAAAGAGAAGAAAAAAAAGAGAAAAAUUCAUAAAAAGAAAAAGUCAAGGAAUUAAAGUGACAUCAUCAUCAUCAUCAUCAUCGUCGUUAUCGUUAUCAUCAUCGCCACAAACUACAAAAACAAGUACAUCCCUCAUUGGGAUACAUAUGUUUUAUUUGCUCUCAGUUGUAGUUUCGAUCGCAGAUGCUCGACAUGACAAGGUGUCAAGAAGGAGGAGGAGGAGGAGGAGAAGAAAGAGAGGAUAAUUGACGCGCGCCAAGCUGCUACUCACACAUCUUGGUUAUUUAUGAUUUUCCGUCAGCACUGUUUCGGCCAGAGCCCAGAUUCCAUUGGUACAGGUGAAUUCAUUUACAGAACCGUCAUCAUUGUCCUUACUAUAGAAACAUUAAUUCGCAACGGCAGCUUACAAAAAUCAGUUUCUAUGUGAAGCUGGUUCUAUGAAUUGUAUAAUAUUUUGGACAGUAAUUGUUUAACAAUGAGUUUAAAAUCUAGUGAAGAAUCACCAAUGAUAGAUCGUUUUUAUCCGUUAACUAUAAAACGCAGACUUUUAACUAUCGAUCAAGAGGUAAUUCACCAACACCCUGGAUUGGAAAACAGUAGAAAUUCAUCGAAACGCUUACACAAUGGUAUGUUCCGUCCGUACAGCCCAGAAAUUAAUUACUGUACAACGAAUCUAAAUCAAGAAAAAGGACACAGAUAUAAUACUAAUCUACAACAAUCAUCCAUGAACGAUGGGGAAGUUUUAAAAAGUAACGGGGUUGAUAUGAAAUGCACAGUUCCAUUAACGGAAGAUCAUAUAUUGGAGAGUAAACUACGUUCAUCAGAUCAGAAUAUAUGUUGUCCGCGUCAAAAUGAGAGUGAAGAUGGUAAGAUUAUUUUAACUGAAGAUAAUGAUGAAAGUAACGGUAAAACUGAUUUUAUGGAUAAAAAAUGUGAUGAUUCAGAUAUGGAAGAUUUUGGCAAACGGAAACAACGCCGCUACCGGACGACAUUCACAAGUUACCAAUUGGAUGAAUUAGAAAGAGCUUUCCAGAAAACUCAUUAUCCCGAUGUCUUUACCAGAGAGGAGUUAGCUAUGAGGAUUGAUUUAACGGAAGCACGAGUUCAAGUUUGGUUCCAGAAUCGCAGAGCAAAAUGGCGCAAGAAAGAAAAGGUCGGUCCGCAAUCCCAUCUUUAUGGCCCCUAUUCCAAUAACCUGAACGUUGGACGUGUUGGAGUGUUGUCCAGCCAUCAAAGUUAUGCGGAUCUCUUGAUGAAAUCCUACGAAAAUCAUAUUCUUGGUCGAUACACCCUGGCCUCGGCCCAGGGUGCUAACCCACAGUUCUCACCCCCAACGGCAGCAGCUGCUGCUGCUGCUGCUGCUGCUGCCGCCGCAGCUGGCUUUUACAGUCCUAUGGCGCUAGCAGCAGCAGCGGGACUAUCGUCCACGUCAUCGUCUCAGAUAAGAUCUUUUCCUUCGUUCAGCACACAUUUACCUCCCCCUGGCUCUUUCCAGCAUCUCUUGGCAAGUAUGACGUCAACGGCAGCGAAGACCCGCGACGGCAACAGUAACAGUAACGGGUCGCCUGCCAGCAACAAUGUUAGUUCUGGAGAGUCGACGUCGGCGUCGCAGUCUCCGCCGACCACAGCAGGGCUGACGGUCACUUCGGGAAGUUUCGCUGAUGCUGACAGGCGUUCGUCAAGUAUAGCUGCUCUUCGAAUGAGAGCCAGAGAACACGAAAUUAGGCUCGGGCUUAAUGGCAAAUGUAACAGUAUUGUUUAUUAAGGGGCGAAUAUUUGGGGGAAAAAAUAAAAAAUAAAGAAAACAAAAUAUUGUAAAAUUUACAACUAAAUUUAUAACAACGAAAUUCUGUGAAAUUUAGAGAAAAUAAUUGCAUUAAUUCCAUUAUUAACUAAUAUUUGUUCAUAAACUAAAUGGAAAGAUAAGGGAGUUUCUUUUUUUUUUAUUAUUUACAUUAACAUUUUUCUACCUGCCAAAUUUCGCAUUUAAUUCAAAAGAUUCGAGAAAUCCAAGAAAUAAAACUGAACGAAAAAAAAAAAACAUGAAACUAUGAGAAUCUAAAGUCAAAAAAGCAGCCGUUUGUUUUUUUCACUUCCAACAAUAAAAUUGUACAACUAAGUGUAGGAAAAUGCAAUAUUAACAAGAACAAUUCUGGAAGGACAUUUUUGCUUCAGAUCCUUUUAAUAUUGUAUUGCCAGAAAUAAUUUUAAUUUGUACUGCAAAAAAACAACAAAAAAAGCGAAAACAAAAAGGAAACAAAAACACAAAACAAAACUAGUUUUAAUUGCAUAACACGACCAAGGGUCCUGUUACAUGUACAAUAGAGUCUUUUAAUUAUUUCAUCGACCAAUUUGAUCAAAAUCUUCAUUCUCUUUCCACAGUAUUUCCGAUCUCUUUUCACUGAUGUCCAUGUAUGGAUGUAUGUAAUUCUGUGCAUGUGUUCAUGUGAUAUGUGUGUAUGUUUUUAUGUGUAUGUCUGAGACAAGAUGUGCAUGCAUAUGUGUGUGUGUACAUAUUU